GUGGCGUUGGCGCUGAUUCCUCUUUUUGGUCCUCGCUGUGCACCGUAGCACGCAGUUCCACAACGUGCGAGCAGAAAAGUCAGGACUUUUGGUUUGAAGAGCUAAAACUGCAGCUAGCACCGAGUCAGCGUACCUACAGGUUACUGUUUUCUACUCCGACUCAGAAGUCAUGGCAGAAAAUAAAGAAGAGAUGUCUUCAACUGAGAUGAAAAUUGCACGACAAAUAGAGUACUACUUUGGGGAUCACAAUCUCCCAAGAGACAAGUUUCUCAAAGAACAACUGCAGCUUGAUGAUGGCUGGGUGACUCUGGAGACGAUGCUUAAAUUCAACAGACUGAAGUCUCUAACUACAGAUAGCGGCGUCAUUGUUGCGGCUCUCCAGAAAUCAAAGACUGGCCUCUUGGAAAUCAGCGAAGACAAGACUAAAGUCAGGAGGUCUCCAAGCAAACCUUUACCCGAACUGAAUGAUGAAUACAAAGACACACUCAAACACAAAUCUGUGUACAUUAAAGGUUUUCCUCUCGAAACUACCCUGGAUGAGAUUCAGGAGUGGCUGAACGGGAAAGGCCCCAUAGAAAACAUUCAGAUGAGGAGAAACCUGCAAAGGCAGUUCAAGGGAUCAGUGUUUAUCUGUUUUGAGUCAGAAGAAUCGUCUAAGAAGUUCCUAGAGCGUUCAGACAUAAAAUCGUUCAAAGACAACGAGAUGCUUGUGUUAUCGAGAGAAGACUACCAUGCCAAGAAAGCAGAAGAGAGAAAACAUUACAAAGCAGAGACAAAAGCAAAAGCUAAACAGGACAAGGAACAGCAGCAGAAACAUGCAGAAGAUAAGGAAAUGCUUUUGGACGAACAGACAGGUUGCUUAUUGAAGUUUUCAGGAGAGCUUGAAGAUGUUUCAAGAGAAGACUUUCAUGAAUUGUUCUCUGGCCAUGGAAAGAUAAAGUGGGUCGAUUUCACAAGAGGGGCCAAAGAGGGCACACUCCUGUUCGACGGGAACGCAAAGGAAGCGUUCGAUAAGGCCAAAGAGGCAAGCGGAGAGGAACUGAAAAUCAAGAACAACAGUGUUACGUGGCAGGUGCUUGAGGGAGAUGAGGAGAAAGAGAUGCUGAAGAAGAUAAUUGAAGCUCAGCAAGAAUCAUACAACAGGUCCAAAAGCAGAGGUGGCAGAGGAAGGGGAGGCGGCAGAGGAAGAGGAGGCCGAAGGGGAAGAGGUGGCAGAGAUCAAGGCAGAAAUCAAUACAGGGGCAAAAAGACGAAAUUCGACAGUGACGAUGAUGACGGUGAACCCGCAGCCACAAAGAGAGAACUAGAAGAUGCCGACGGUCCUGCAGCAAAGGUUGCCAAAACUGAAAAUGGAUCUUAGUCACAAGGUCACACCCAGAAAUGUUCUUUUUUUUUUGAAAACAUUUAUUAUUAUAAACAGUGAAAAUGCAGAGGCAAUUAAAUCCAUUCCAGUGAAAGCGUCAGGUGUUUGAGAACCGUAGGAAGUCCACCUGGAUGUCCACCUAGAGAACAAUUGGCAAAAGCUUGGCGUCAGUUUUUCAGCCUUUUAAGUCCCUGUAUAUUGUGCCUCUCACAUUAUCUGUCUACCUUUGUUUAUCUUCUUAAGAUGUCUUUUGAUUUUAUCAUUUUCAACAUAAAUCUGCUCUUUGAAAGUAAUUUAAUUUCAUCAAUUUCAAUUAGUUGGUUUUGUAAGACCUGUGACAUCUAGAGUCUGUGUGCCAUUGUGGUUUUUUUUUUUUCCUUGUAGAUUUCCUACAUUGAGUGAUGAGAUCAUCCGCUUUGCUAUUUUUUUAAGUUUGCAUAUGUGAAUAGCAAAUAAAACAUUUAUAAAAAUGAAU